AUGGAAUGUUUUGAGAAGAGACGUGAAACUAAAAAUCAUCAAAGUGGUCAUCCUGUAGUACAAUUUCGAACACCAUCGGAAGUAUUGGGAGCUGAACUUAAAACCGAGGACCUAACAUUGAAAAUCUUAGAAAAAUUAUUCCAACGAGAAAGACAUAGUAAUAUAACUUGUAAUGGAUGCCUACAACGACCUAUCAUUGGUCUUCGUUUCAAAUGUGAUACAUGUCCCAAUUACGAUUUGUGUCAUCAAUGCAUAUCAAAGUCUAUAACAACGGAUAGUCAUAAACUAGAUCAUCCUCUUGUUGCCGUUCCAAAACAUCGAAUACCACAGAUUGACAGAGAUGAUAUUGAACUUGGUGAUGCUUUAGGACAAGGAGCAUUUGGUGAGCACACACUUUUUCUGCUAUCAUUGUUAAAACUCUUCGUAUAUCAUUUAGGCACUGUGUAUAAAGCAAUAUGGUUAUCGAAAAAGCGCACAGUUGCUUGUAAAGUGAUCAUUGCUUCUGCAACACGGUCAGAAGCUUUGUUCAAUAGUUUUCUCAAAGAACUAGCUGCUUACAGAGAGUUAUCUGGCGCGUAUAUUCUCAAAACUUUCGGUUACACGCAGACAAAACUUGCCGAAGGGUUGAAUGAAUAUCGACUCAUUACGGAAUUUAUGGAGAAAGGUAGUCUGCAGUCAUUAAUUGAUAAUGCGGACAACGACUUAUCGAUCCGUCGAAAGUUAGACAUGUCGUGUAAUAUCGCUAGCGGAAUGAGAAAGAUUCACGAACACAAUAUGAUACAUCGAGACAUCCGACCAGAUAAUAUUCUUGUGAACGACCAACUUGUGGCUAAAAUUGGUGAUAUGGGUAUUGCUCGAACAGUUGAUACAAAAGAUUGCCAUACGCAAAUCGGUUGUCAACCGUUUAUGCCACCAGAGUUUUUUUGUGGAGAAAAUAACAAAGCCUCAUAUAAUCAAAAACUUGAUAUUUACACCUUUGGAUUAACACUCAAUAUAUUAUUUACCAACACACAACAUAAAUUUCAGGUAUUAAGCAAACAAAAAAUUCUUAUAAAACAAAGCCCUGUAUUUUGGGACCUCAUUUGUCGUUGUACAGAUGAUCAUCCCGAACAACGGCCCUCAGCCGUGGAGCUGGAGAAAACUUUGGAACUGUACAAUAUCGCUUUCAAACAACUCGUUAUCCAAGUAGAUCGGAGUUAUGUUAGCCUAUCGACUGAGGAUAAAAACAAAAAGUUUAUGGAAUUUUACGAAUCUUUCGAUCCACAAGCGAGAAAAUAUAUCAUAAAGAUGUUUCCUCGAGUUGUUCGAGAAAACAGUAGUGGCAGUCAAUUUGGUUAA